AUCCAGGACGUCUACUUCUAGUAAUACCUGGCAUGUUUGCCAAAAGAAUCUUCCAAGGGACACGGUCCUUCCAUACCGUUCCUCCACUACUCUCCAAGCUCAAUGAUGUGGGGAUCAGCAAGACCAGAAAUAUCGGGAUCAUAGCCCACAUUGAUGCGGGCAAGACUACCACCACCGAGAGAAUGCUAUUCUACAGUGGGAAAACUAACAGAAUUGGCAAUGUCGAUGAGGGUGAUACUGUGACAGACUACCUUGCCUCUGAGAGGCAACGUGGUAUCACGAUCCAGCUGGCAGCCAUCACUAUUCCAUGGAACAGCCACAAGAUCAACAUUAUAGAUACUCCGGGGCACGCAGACUUUACAUUCGAGGUCACCAGAUCAUUGAGAGUCCUUGAUGGUGCUGUGACCAUCUUGGACGGUGUUGCAGGAGUUGAAGCCCAGACAGAAAAGGUAUGGAAACAAGCACAAUCAUUGAAUAUUCCCAAGAUCGCAUACGUCAACAAGAUGGACAGACCCGGUGCAGGGUUCAGUAGAACCGUCAAGGAGAUCAUCCAGAAGCUCCAGACCAGAGUGGUGCUCUGUACUAUACCUCAUUUUGAGAUGUCUACUGACAAUGACCCCGUGUUCAAAGGGGUGGUUGACAUCAUCCACAAGAAGUUAUUAAAGUGGGAUACGGAAGAUCCAACAGGCAAAGAUAUCUCGGUCAUUGAUAUCGAAACCUUGCCGGAAAUCGAAGAAAUGGUCCGGAGUUCUCGUGAGUCCAUGAUUGAAACCUUGGGUGAAGUUGAUGAAUCCAUCAUUGAUUCUUUCUUAGAGCACGACGAAGACUACAUGAGAAUUCCAAUUCCAAUUCUCAACGAAGCUAUCAGGAAGGCGACAAUCUCGAACUAUUUGACUCCUAUGUAUUGCGGCUCUUCAUUCAAGAACAUUGGUGUUCAACCUUUGAUGGAUGCUGUGGUCAACUAUUUACCAUCGCCUUUGCAGAUUACCAAGCCGGAAAUCCAUUCCACCAGCUCCAAGCUCUUGAAAGUCAAGCACCAAAAGGCCAAGAAGAGUAUUACUCAAGUUAUGGACGUGCCUGCUACUAUGGACGUUACGCGUGGAUUAAUCAUUAAUGAUAAACCGAACUUGACGGUUGCUUUGGCCUUCAAGGUCAUGACUCAUGCUACUAAGGGUGUUAUGACCUUCUUCAGAGUGUACAGUGGUAAAUUAAAUUCCAACACUACUGUAACUAAUACAAGAACUGGUAAAAAGUUGUUGGUCAAGAAAUUGUUAUUGAUGCACGGAGACGAACCCGAGGAAGUCAAAUAUAUUGGUGCCGGAAACAUCGGAGUGAUAACAGGUCAUGAAGAUGAUAUUAUCACCGGUGAUACACUAGUCUCUCAUGGUCCAGUGAGCAAGAGUUUUACCGAACUCGAAUCCAAUUUGAAAUUGCUUCCUAUUGAAAUCCCACCACCAUUGUUCAAUUCUGGUAUCGAACCACUCACUGCUGGUGAUGAGAAAUACAUGAAUGAAUGUAUCAAGGGAUUAAUUAGAGAAGAUCCUUCAUUGAAGGUGUCGGUAGAUGAAGACUUGGGUCAGACAAUCCUUAGUGGAAUGGGUGAAUUGCAUUUAGAUAUCAUCAAGGAAAGAUUAGUGAAUGACAUGAAAGCAAAGGUGAGGUUAAGAGAUGUGGUCGUCUCUUACAAGGAGUCUCCUACAAAAGCAUCGAAGCCUUUGAAAACUGAAGAGGGUAAUAUAUCUAUUGAAUUGACUAUGGAUUCCUUCGAAGGAAUGGCCUCAGAAUCUCUCUACGCCGAAGAGGAUGGUGCUAUAGUUUUUGAACAAGAGAACAAUAUAGUGAUUUUGGAACCUGCAGCUACUCCGAAACACAUGACAGAUUCCAUCAAAGAAAGACGGUGGAAGUGUGAGCAAUCUUUACAAGAUCUCCAAGAAACUUUAAUUCAGGGUCUUUUGACAGGAUUACAGAUAGGAGGACCUACUUUUGGAUUAUCAUUACACUCUACCGUUGUUCGGAUCACUUCUUGGGACUAUCCAGUGGAGGAACCAGGACAAAACUCCUCUGCGUUGUUGGGAGUUGGUAGAAGGGGCGUUUUGGAAUACAUUGAGGAGAACAAGUCAUCUUUUGGAAUUCUAGAGCCAUACAUGGAAACCAAGGUGUAUGUCAGCUCGGACACUUUGGGCGAAGUAUCCCAUGAUUUGACACAUAGGUGUCAGGCAAUCAUCACCUCGAUUGAAGAUGAAACAACCCAGAACCUCGAUGCGUUGGCAUGGGCCAAUGACGAGUCAGAAAGAGUGUUUCUACCACCAGACUACACACUCAAAUCUAGAAACUCCUCGCUUGACUUGAGAAACAAGAAGAUUAUCGUGGCUGAGACACCAUUGAGAGAAAUGAUUGGCUACUUGUCUAGGUUGAGGUCAAUCACCCAGGGACGUGGAACCUUUGAUAUGACAUAUAUUGGUAUGAGAAGAGCGAUCAGCUCUAGGUUGGAUGCCAUUUCGACUGAGAUGAACAUCGUCAACUAAGUAGUGGCUUCUCUUGAUUAUAUGGACAUAUAUGCAUAAAGAGCAAAUAUAGCCUGCAAAAUUGUAAAUAAAGAACAAAAUGUACAUAACAACUAUUAAUUAAUUUGAAUUCUGG